GCCAUGUUCUGCUUUGUGCAACCCUCUGUCCUGUUCCCCAGCACCAGAAUCUGUCUUCAGCAUUGCAUCUCUGAGUUGCACUGGAGGCAAACCUCCUUUGAGCCUGGCUGGCUCCAAGUCACCUUUCCCCUUCCUCACUGCCCUCCUAUUUCUCAUCAGUAGCAUCACUCAGAUCCACAAGGGCCUGACCAGCAAGUACAGCUCUGUGCUGGGCUUCAGAGGCUUGAAGGAUUAUCUGCAUCAGAGCUGGCAGACCGGCCCUCCCUCUGUAACUCCCUCAUCUGCGUGGAUCCUGCGCCAUGAAUAUCAUCUGCAGUACUUUGUGUUAGCAUUGGCUCGGAGAAUGGCAGGCACUUCUCCGGAUUACACCCAGCAUGCCUCACUCCAUCACUGUGUUGCCAUGGCAUUGCUAAGCCGUCUGUUGCCAGGGAGUGAGCAUCUGGCUUAUGAGAUCCUACUGGAUCUUGCCUUUAAUCCAGAGUUUCUUCCUGAAGGGAAAGCUGGAGGGCCAGAAGCAGCUGACUUCUCUGAUAUCCUACAUCUGGGUACCAGUGCCAAACUGGCACAACCUGGCUCUGCAGCAGCAUUUUUUUCAAAGGCUACUCGUGGUGCCCUCCUGAGAGAAUCGUACCAGAAUCUGCCUGUCAUCCGCUCCUGCUAUCUUUCUCAUUUUGUCCACUUGCAACCUACCCUUACACGUUCCCAAGCAUCCUACCAAGGACGGAAUUACCUCAUCCAGUCAAUGCUGCUUCCUGAGGUCAAAGGGCCCAUCUUGCCUUCAGACUGGCCGUUCUUUCCGCUUAUCAGCCUCUACAACAAAGUGACUAAUGCAGAGACAUGUGGGGCUGUACUGAACUCUCUCCCACUUGAUUUUGUCAACACUGUGACCUGGAACCUGCAGUGGGUCUUGUUGCUAGAAACCUGGCGUGCUAAAACCCUGCAGAGCAUCCCUACUGCUGCCAAACUUGCACGGCUUAUGUGUGUCUUCCUUACAGGCAGUGACCUCUUUCUAGAAGCACCGAUCCACCGCUACACAGCUGCCCUUCUCUCUGUGUAUUGCCAGCCCAAGGCAUUGGACUCCUUGAAUUUGGAUGCUCCUCUCCCUGGUUUGGCGUCCUUCCACGAUCUCUAUAUAAGCCUCCUGGAGCAGUUUGAAGGUGUCUCCUUUGGCGAUCCACUCUUUGGGACCUUUGUUCUUCUACCUCUACAGAAGCGUUUCAGUGUUCAUCUGCGUCUCUCUAUAUUUGGGGAGCACACAAGUAUCCUGCAGGCACUGGGAGUGCCGCUCCAGCAGUUUCCUGUGCCUCUCGAGAGAUACACUUCCCCUCCUGAGGAUAACCUGAACCUCCUGCGACUCUACUUCCGAACACUGGUCACUGGUGCACUGCGCCACACCCGGUGCCCUGUUCUUUACGUGGUGGCUGUGGCUCAUGUGAACAGCUUUAUUUUCUCCCAAGACAGCACGACACAGGAGACUGAUGCUGCUCGGAAAAGCAUGCUGCGGAAGACAUGGCUGUUGGUGGAUGAGACCUUGAAAAAACACCUACUCUACUAUAGACUGCUGAAUGCAGAGAGCCCUUUGGGAUUUGACCUUUAUGAGCAGCUCCCUCCCAUGCGACUGAAGUACCUGCAGACGGUGACACAGAAAGAAAGUAAGGAGAAUGCACCAGCGCUAGUCUCAUAGCAAAACACUUGUGCAAGAAGAGGGCCAAGGUGAAGAAUGGAAGAGCUCCAUUUAUACUUUACUGAUGAAACUAGUGCACUUCAGACCUUUUCAGUGUCUCACCUGGACACUCUUGGCAUCUUUGCAAAGUGAAACACUAGUAGAAUGCUCCCAGCCUUGCAGAACAAUACACAUCUUCUCAAGAUAGGACAAUAUGUGUGUGUGGCCUUUCUGUGAUGAAUGCUGGACUAUUUUCCUCCAUUCUCUUUCAGAUUAUUCUCCUUCUCCCUGGAGAAGGUGAGAAUGUGUCUGAAAGGCACUGAACUGUUGAAUAAA